CGCGCAAAAGCUUUACACUUUACAGUAAUAAAAAGGCAAAGGAUUCUACAUGGCGAAAUUCUCUGAACCUGAAAUGGCUCUCUCUCUCUUGUUCUUUCUAAAACUACAGCUUCUUCAAUUUCUCUCUUUUCAGCUUCCUUUUUCUCUGCCAACUGGAGAUUCUUGAUUCCCAAUUCACCUUCUUUCUCUCUCUUUCUCUCUUUAUUCUCCUAUAUAUAGAGAGAUAAAUCUCCUCCUUUUGGAGUUUCUUCGCUUAAGAACUUAUUAUCUCUACAUAUCUUCUGUUUCUGUUUCUGUUUCUUUGCUUCGUGGAUUUGUUUAUGCAGAUUCUUGAGGUUCCUUGAUCCUUGUUUUUUAUAAUAUUCUUGUUAUUCUUUACCUUCCCAUGCAUUAAAAAGUAACCCCAGAAACAGAGGCCAAUAAAAUUUAAAAUUCUCUCUGUCUUUCUUUAGAGUUUGUGGUUUACUUGAAAGAUUGAAUAGAUCAAAAUGUUGGAUGGAUUAUUGAAGUCGAAAUUCUAUACAAAAUGCAAGUCGCUGUUGAAGAUGUCAAAGGCUCGACUCGAGUUGCUAAACAAGAAGAAGAGCUCUGUAGCGAAGUUCUUAAAGAAUGAUAUGGCUGAUCUUCUCAAGAAUGGCCUUGAUUAUAAUGCUUAUUGCAGGGCUGAUGGGCUUCUGGUUGAGCAAAAGAUGAUAGCUAGCUACAAUUUCAUUGAGCAGUUCUGUGGAUGUAUUUCCACCAAUCUUUCUGCCAUGAGUAAACACAAGGAAUGCCCGGAGGAUUGCAGAGAAGCUGUACAAUCUCUCAUAUAUGCUGCAGCAAGAAUUGCUGAAUUCCCAGAAUUGAGAGACUUUCGUACUCUGUUCACCGAAAGAUAUGGGCAUCCCAAUGAAUCUCUUGUUAAUAAAGAGUUUGUUGAGACAUUGAGGCCUAAACAUAUUCCGAAGGAGACGAAGCUUCAGUUAUUGCAUGAUAUUGCAGAAGAAUUCAAUAUAGAAUGGAAUUCAAAGUCUCUGGAACAGAAGCUCUUCAAGCCGCCGCAAGAGGACCAGAAUAGGCAUUGUCCCAAAAGCAAGGAUGAUGUAAUCUCCAAAGGAGACUGCAAGGGCGAUGAUGAAGAUGGAAACAAAUUGAAGAAACACAAGGAUGAUCAUGUCACAGAAAGAACAAGCCCUGAAGCUGGGAACAAAGUGAAUGAGAAGGGGGAUGAUACUUUGCACAAAAAAGAAAAAACUGAAUCAGCAUCUUCUGGAAGGAAGAAUGCAAUUUAUGAGGGAUAUAAUCUGCCUUGCAGCAGUGAAGAUGAAGUGAUUUCUCUCCACAGGAGAAGUAGCAGUGACCUUGACAGGCAGCAAGCUACUUCAAGUUCAGUUGGAAGUGUUUCGGAGGACGAAGCAGAUAGGAAGAAGCCCUUUUACUACAGAUUCAUUCCACCACCUUACUUGAAACCAAAAGUUGUAAAGGAAGAAGUCAAGAUUGAAGAACCCCCGAAACCAACUGGCAAUGUUCUUGCUGAUGAUUCUGUUAGUGAGGCUAAACCAAAACCAAGAUCGGUCCGUAGGAUACCAUCGAAGCCACCUCCGGGUGAUGCAUCUUUUGGCAGUGAUGCAAGACCAUUGAAGCCGCCUCCAGGUCGUGAAACUAUUGGCAGUGUUGAACUCCCGCUGAAACCACCACCAGGCCGUGAAAAAGUUGUACGUUUUGAAAAUGGUGGCUCUGAUAAGUCUAAUUCAGUUGCAGCGAAAGAAGCAGAUGAUGUUGAUGAAGGGGAUGAAGAGAAGAAAACGACUGAUGGGCAUUUGAUGCAUUACAGCAAAGACAGAGGGAAACCAAAUCAAAAACCUUCUCCAUCAUGGAGAAGUAGUGAUGAUACUAAACUGAGACACACAAAAUCUGGUGAGCUGCCUCCUCCGCCUGGUAGAGAAGCAGGAGAAUCAGGUCUAAAGAAGGGAGCUACAAGGCAUAUUCGAGCAGUUUCGUUGCAGUCAGAAAUUGAACAUGUGCAUCCUAAGCUGCCUGAUUACGAAGAUUUGGCAGCUCGGUUUGCAGCUCUUAAAGGAGUUAGAUGAAAUGGAAAUGAGCUUUCCAUGUUUAGUGUUCUUUAUUAUUUUUUUAAAAAAGAAAAAGAUAACAGCAAAAGAAAAAAAAAACACAGGUUCUGCAUAGAGGAUAAACUUUAUCUGGCAUACUCUAUUAUUCUCUCUACAAAGGAAAAUUCCAUA